CGUCAGCUGAGUUUAAGCCGAGUGGGGUGUGAACGUAAAAUGAAAAGUGAAUCAACACUUUGAAAUUUGAAUAAACUCGAGAGUUUGUAUUCUUAUUUCUUUUGCGUUGUAUUUUACAAUGCAUCGGGUUUGCGCAUAAUGCGAGGCCAGUGAAUUGUCAACCAAAAGCCAAACAAAAGUCAGUGUCGCCGAAUGUGAACUGUGGUCGCGAACAUGUUUUCGUUACACAAGUUUUUAUUUGUGAUAUUUACUUUUUUAAUUGGUCAAUGUGUACCUCGCUCCAUUGAAGAUGACGAGUCUUUUAUACAGAAUCCCAAAUAUACUAAAUACGAUGACUUGGUGACUUUGUUUGAGAAGCUAGAGUCCUCUUACCCGGAUCUUGCUAAAGCUUAUUCGAUCGGAAAGUCCGUAGAGGGACGUAAAUUGCUGGUUAUACAGAUCGGCGAGGGUAUUAAGCAGGUCCACCCGGAACGUCCGUCCUUCAAAUAUGUUGCGAACAUGCAUGGCGAUGAAUCUGUUGGUCGCGAAUUGAUGGUAUAUUUAGCGCAAUACUUGCUGUUGAACUAUGGAAAGGACGACAGGGUCACGAAGCUAGUCAACACAACUGAUAUCCAUUUGAUGCCGUCUCUCAAUCCUGAUGGAUAUGAAGCUAGUAAAGAAGGUUCCUGCGAAUCCCUCAACGAAUACGAAGGCAGAAAUAACGCGAACAAGAAAGAUCUCAACAGAGACUUCCCGGAUCAGUUCGACAGGAACAAGGCUAAUGACGAUGAGUACUUGUUCGGGGGACGGCAGCCCGAGACCGCUGCGCUUAUCCGCUGGGUGCUGUCCAAACAGUUCACUUUGUCUGGCAACCUGCACGGUGGAGCGAUCGUUGCCAGCUACCCUUAUGAUGAUUCCAGUGGCAAGCAGGAUUGUUGUAUCGAAAGCCAAACUCCAGACGACGCUCUGUUCAAACACCUAGCGGAGGUGUACGCGUCCCGCCACGAGGAAAUGCACCGUGGAGAUGUUUGCCUACCGGAGAAGUUCAAGAAUGGCGUUACCAAUGGCGCUUUCUGGUAUUCUGUGAAAGGUGGAAUGCAAGACUUCAACUACCUCCACUCGAACUGCUUCGAGGUGACCUUCGAAUUGUCAUGUUGCAAGUACCCAAUGGCUGACAAGCUACCCAAGUUCUGGCGCGAUAACAAGGAUGCUCUUCUUGCUUUCAUCGAGCAGGCCCACAUCGGCUUUCGAGGCUUCGUGAUGGAUGAGGCUGGAGUGCCUGUUAAAAAUGCUCAAGUGACAGUAGAAGGCAUCAACCAUUCCGUGAGGACAACCGAGCACGGCGCUUACUGGAGGAUGCUUCUACCAGGACAGUAUAAUGUCACUGCAGUAGCGGCUGGGUACUCGACCCCACCACCAGUGACCAUUACGGUCACCGAAGUACAAACUACAGUGAACUUCACUGUCCACCGGGCCCCGCGCACUCUGACCGAUGUACGUAGCAGGGUCGCUCGUCACCCAAUCGACGGUCUAUCCGCAGAAGACUUCAGUCACCAUGAUUAUGUGAAGAUGGAGAAGUUCCUCCAAGAUCUAGCGGCUUCAUACCCGGAUAUAACUCGGUUGACCAGAAUUGGUAAAUCGGUUGAAGACCGGGAGCUAUAUGUUUUGGAGAUAACGAAGAGUCCUGGAAGGCAUAUACCCGGCAAACCCGAAUUUAAAUACGUCGCAAACAUGCACGGCAACGAAGUAGUGGGAAGGGAAUUGCUGCUGCUUCUAGCCAAGUACCUCUGCCAGGAGUACAAGAGGGGAGACAAACGCAUCCAGAACAUUCUCAACAGCACCAGGAUACAUCUGAUGCCGAGUAUGAACCCUGAUGGCUACGAGCACGCGAGUAUCAGUGACUACGACAGCUCCAGAGGCAGGUCAAAUGCGAACAACAUCGAUCUGAACAGGAACUUUCCGGACCAAUAUGGACCGACCAGGGACAACUCAGAGCCAGAACCCGAAACCCUCGCUGUGAUGAACUGGUCUCAAUCCAUACCGUUCGUACUAUCUGCGAACUUGCACGGUGGCGCUCUGGUAGCCAAUUAUCCUUACGACAAUAACCCCGACAUGAAGAGUGGCCUUGAAAACCUCUCGCCUGAUAACGCAGUGUUCGUGCAUCUAGCCCACGUGUACUCUGAUGCCCAUCGCAAGAUGCACCUGGGUCAGCCGUGCAAAGAGCAUGCCAGAGCCGAUGACAGAUUCCCGGAAGGCAUCACUAAUGGCGCGAAAUGGUACGUGUUAUCGGGCGGCAUGCAAGACUGGAACUAUCUACAUUCCAACGACAUGGAGCUUACGUUGGAGCUCGGCUGCUUCAAGUUUCCUCCAGCCGAAGACCUGCCAACUUACUGGGAGGACAAUCGAGAGGCCUUGCUCGAGUUCAUCGAAGAGGUCCACAAAAGCGUCCACGGCUUCGUCCACAGCCACAUCGGCCACGUGAUCGCAAACGCUACCAUAUCCGUAUCCGGCAUCCGUCACACCAUACGAUCUGCUAAAGAUGGUGACUACUGGCGUCUGCUCACACCGGGCACCUAUAACAUCACUGCGAGCAAAGCCAAUUACGAGAGUGUAACAGAGCAAAUAACCGUACCUGUGAACGGGUCGGUGAGCCUCAACUUCACGCUAAUGCCCGACGACCCUCAGCACUGGUCUUCGGCCUAUGACUUCCGCGUGUUAGACAACAUAAUAAACACCCGGUACCACUCGCCGUUGGACAUUUACGCGGAACUGGCUGAGCUGGAGAAUAAGUAUCCGGGCAUCGCGGAGUUCCGCGCGGGCGACAGUAUGAAGACAGCAACGUUGCAUGAACUGAAGCUUACCGAUGACAGCGGGGCACCGGAGGAAACAAAGUUCCACAUUGCGCUGAUAAGCAACCUCUACGGGUCCCAGCCUCUCGGUCAAGAGAUUCUCCUCAACUUCGCUCGGCACAUUAGCACUGCGUACACAAUAGGCGAGCCGAGACAUAAGAAACUGUUGCAGAACGCCGUCUUACAUUUCAUACCAAAUCUCGAUCCGCUUUUUGGAAAAAUGCUGAAACAAUAUGAUCACUCAGAGAAGUGUAAGUUAGACGCAUUAGAAGAAGAAUUUGGAGACAGCCUAUACAGUUAUUUAACCAAGAAAAAUGAGAACCCUCUAUCCAACUAUACGAGAGAAAAAGCUUUCGUCGGACUAUUAGAAUCUGAAAAGUUCGAUUUGAUUCUUGAACUAGCUUCAGGAACCGAAGAUGUCACUAUACCGAACUUUUCCAAAGAUAUUUAUGAGAAAAUCGCUCAAAAGUACCAGGAUAACAGAACGCCUAGUAACCAGUAUGAGUGCAGCAACGAUAACAAUGUGGCACAUGAGAACUUAUUCGAUUUAGUGUUCGAAAGGUUCAACAUUCCGUUUGUUUCUCUUGGGUUGAGCUGUUGCAAGAUGCCGUUGGAAAGUGACAUCGCCUGGGUGUGGAGGAAUAAUCUACGAGGAAUCAUGAAGAUGAUCGAACAGGCUUCUACUGGCGUGGUGGGCUUCGUGACGAACGAGCAAGGGGGUCCGAUGCGGAGUGCGGUAGUCGCUAUAGCUGGCUCAGCGAGACAGUACCGCGUGUCUGCUAACAUGGCGUACUACCGCGCGUUGCUACCCCCUGGCGACUACCGCGUCAUCGUGCGUUGCCAUGGCUACCGCGACCAGAUGCUAAACUGGCGCGUGGUGGAAGACGUCAUAAAACAGAAGAACGUGACACUUCAACGAGUCAACGCUGAACAAAUCCCGCACGGACAGUUUGAAAAGAUAGGGGUACAAGUCGACCCAGAUACUAUUUAUGUUGAAGGCUUAACGUUGGACCACGACAGCAACCCGUUGCCCAACGCCCGCAUCAAGGUAUACCCCCAAGACAGCACCCGCUGGCUGUCCAGCAACGUGAGCGACGCGUACGGACGCUUCGUCGUCACCCUACCCAACACGUACAUGGGACGGGAGGUGACCGUCUCCGCGGCGGCGGACGGGUUCAUCGCGAGGAACAAGCUUAUUAAGCUAAACGCCAGCGGCAACGGGACACCCAACGUGCUGCUGAAGUUAGAGGAGGACGACUACAUUUUGGGAAUGCCCCGUCUCGUUUUCGUAAUGCUAGCAGGAGUAGUGGGCGUCGCUUUAGUAGCGCUGGGCGCCUGGUGCUUCAGUUGCCGACAGAAGACAAAAGACGCGCGGCGGGAGUACCUGUUCACGCAGAUACCCUCCGACGACAAGCGGCCGCUCUGCGAAGAAGCCGCCUUUAAUAUAGUCCGCAAGCCAUAUUACGACGAAGAAGAACUACCUCCCACAGAAACGGACUCUGAAGAAGACAUAGUACUCCUCAGGUCAGAGGACAGCUGGAAACAUGUAGAAAAAUAGCCAGCGCUUAGAAAAAUUAACAUUUACAAUCUAAAUGUCUAAUCAAUGUUGUUAUACGUAAAAAGGGUGGGAUAUGUUAAAAUGACAAAAGAGAGCGGCCAUGGUCGGCAAUUGUGCAAUAGGCGUGAUGUUUUGAAAUACGGGCAGUAUUUUUAGUUAUUUUGUUCUGAAGUAUCUACUUAUCUAAUAAAAAUAUCUUAUUUGUGCAGUAAUUAAAUGUUUUGUUGAUAGAAAUUGCAAAUUUUUUGACGCGAAAACGCUCGUCUAUUGAUUUUGGUUUAUGAUUAAUUGAAAAGUUUCUCCCUUCUUUUUAUACUGUCUAAAAAUAUUGGGUAAAUAUUGGGUAUUGCUAUUUCGAAUAUCUCACCCACUCUCAUGUUGGUUUUCUCACUAGCUAACUUUCCCACAUCGUGGGUGAGAUCUUAUUUUCACUGAUACUUCUUGACAAAACAUUGCAAAUACAAUGUAUUAUUGCUCGGAAUUGUAAGACUUGUAAUCACACUAGCGCAAGUUUUGUGUCCAGAGCACUUUUGUAUCCUUAUUAACCUAGUUUUAACGUUCUACUCUUAGUGCGUAAUGCGUAUAUAGAAAUCCUACCUAUGUGUACGCAUAACCUUAACUAACUGACAAUAAUAAUUAUUCGUCAAUCACAAUAUAAUGCUAUGCAUAGUUUAAAAAAAAAAGAUUAUAAAAAAUCGAGAUGUAAGUUUUAUUCUUAUUAGUGAUCAUAA